AAAAAAAAAAAAAAAAAAGCACUGUGAUUAAAAGUUGAGAACUUUUAGAUUAGAGAUUCAUCUGUAUAUUCAACCCUGCCAAAAGGGGCACGUAAACACUCAGAAUCCAUUAAUAUUUUAAUAAUUCUCUGAAUUUUUUUCUUCUGAAGCCUGUAUCUGGUGGGAAAUGUUUAGGUUGUGGAAAUGGUACCAGAAUUCCUUAGCUGUUCAUCCAAUUAAGACGCAGGUCAUCAGCUCUGGUUUGAUUUGGGGGUUUGGUGAUAUAGCUGCCCAGACCAUCACUCACUCCACGGCCAAGGCCCAACGUCAAAUUCAAACUCAGGGUGAAGAUGAAGAUGAAGAGUUAAAGAUCAAUUGGAGAAGAGUGUGUACAACCAGCUUGUUUGGAUUUGGGUUUGUUGGGCCUGUUGGUCACCUCUGGUAUGAGGGUUUGGACCGAUAUAUAAGGUCAAGGCUUCUUCUGCAACCAAAUUCAUUUCGUUUUGUUGCUUCUAAAGUUGCAAUUGAUGGGUUUCUUUUUGGGCCAUUGGAUUUACUUGUGUUUUUCACCUACAUGGGGUUUUCUGCUGGAAAGAGCGUUCCUCAAAUCAAGGAAGAUGUGAAAAGGGAUUUUCUUCCAGCCUUUGUUCUGGAAGGAGGGAUAUGGCCGAUUGUGCAAGUAGUGAAUUUCCGGUUUAUACCUGUGAGGUAUCAGCUCCUCUAUGUCAACUUCUUCUGCUUGUUAGAUAGCAGUUUUUUGUCAUGGCUUGAGCAACAAGAAGAUGCUCCAUGGAAGCAAUGGUUGAAAUCUUUAGUAUAUUUUAACGAACAAAAAGAUGAAGGUGGGUGAUUGCCCUUUAACUACAGUUUCAGCUUUCAUUCCAGGCCUUGCUGAUUAUAGUGGAUCAUACGUCGGAGAAAGUAAAACGGUUGAGUGAGAAAACUGAGGUACCAACUUAGUUUUUCAAAGUUGGGAUUUUGGAAGUGAUGGAUUUGCUCUCAAGCUUAUCCAGUUUUCACGUACAAUACAAGUUUUCAUGGAUUUGUAUCCUCAAUCCAUGUUUCAAUAAUGAUUCUAUCAAUUUCCUUUGCUACAAAUUGUAGAUCUUGCUGGUCUUGCAUCAAUUAUGUUUUACCAUCUUACCCUCUGUAAAUAUUCUCCUGUUGGUAAAUACUGGAAAGGAAUUUUUAUCGGAAAUGAGAUUUGAAAUC